AAUGGCUGUCUUGCCCACUGUGGCCUACAGCCCACCUGAAAAAUGUAAAUACAUGGCCUUCAGUCAUCAAAAGGUUGCCCACCACUGGGUUAACAUGAACACUGCUGUGGCAGGCUACACCUGAAAAGAUGGGCCCAUUCUACCAAAAUCUGAUUUGGUUCUAAUUUGCAGAAUCAUUUGAGCCUUAAGAGCUUUGGAGAGUCAUGACUUAAAUCAACCCCAGAGUGUGUUUCUUCAAAUUGCGGAAAGAAAGGUGGCAAAUCUGGAUCAAGCAAGUUAUCUCAAAGACCUGCACCUCCCAGGCCAUGCAGUCUGGACGCAGGGGCCGCCUGUCCGUGCCGGGGCCGAGCAACGCAACCCAAGACAGCAUUACCAGCAGCCCCUCAAUAUCUGGUGAUCUUCGGCUGCUCCACACAAUAGACUGUGGAGAUCAGCUUCUUUGCUGCCAGUUCAAUAAUGAUGGGACGCGAGUUGCAGCAGGAUUGCGCACUGGAGCCAUUAAGGUUUAUUCUGUCAAUGAUGGGUCACUUCAUCACAUUCUUGCUGACAAUGAGACAACAUCUUUAGGACUACCUACCACCUCAAUGCACUUUAUGCCCCGUGGGCCUGCCCACAAUGGAGAUGUCAUACUUACCACCUAUUCUGGUGGGAAAGUGAAACUAUGGCACGUCUCUACUCGCACCUGCGUGCGCACCAUAACAGAGGACCGCCAAACCUUCAUGGCCUGUUUCAAUCAUUCUGGCUCCAAGUUUGUCACAGGUGGAGCAGGACCUGGAAUUUACAUGUAUGAUGCUCAGACCUGGGAUAAAUUGGAAAAUUUUCUGCCAAGUUUUGGACCAUACAAGCACCACAUUCUCUACGUCUUCUAUCACUUCUGUUCUUUCCCACCUUUACUUUGCCCUUCUUGCAGGCAUAUCUCUGGGCCCCACAUCUGCGGGGAUGCCAUGUCAAUAGACAAAACGGGGACACAGAUUCUGACAGGAUCCUGGAGGCGGCAUAACACCUUGCAGAUCUGGGAUGCUGAAACGUGUGCCAAGAUAAUGGACAUUCCAGAAGAUUUCCGGGGUCACUCACAGAUAUAUACUUGCCACUUCCUUGGUGCUGACUACAUAGUAGCUGGUGGCAGUCGGAACAACUUGUGUCGACUCAUUGACAGAAGAAUUCUCAUGAGCACAGGGGUGCUUAAUGACCUGCCUGGAGGUGUUUAUAGUACUCAUAUCAGUUGCCGUGGAGUCCUAGCUGCAACUUCCAACAAUUUCCUGUAUCUUGCACAAACUCCAGUGAAACCUUGAAGUCUUCCUGUGUGACUGCGAGGAACUCUUGCUACGACCAGAAGGAUAUCACCAGUGCCUUUGAUCAUCAUGACUGUUAUCAGCUUGUCAAUUUCCUAGUAUCCUCGAUGUCUGUCAAAAUCAUGCAUAAGGUCACCCUGAUAUGCCUGCCCUCUUCCUAUCUUCUUCUGCUUCUCUGUGGACAAACAGAAUCAUGGUCUGCCAGUAGAGAGUCCUGCUUGAUUGGAUGUGCCCAAUCUCAUCAUUGCUCUGCUGAUGUUAAUCCCUUCUCAGCAUGAUCGUCUGGAGGUACUGCUCUGUUGGAAUCAUCUCAUCAUGGUUUGCUUUUGUGGACACCUUUCGUUUUGAUCUUGUACCAGAAUCUCCGGGAUUCUCACCAUUCUUUCCUUCCAUGGAUGAGAUCUUAUCUUUAGACUUUGUUGCCUGGGACUGUGACUGACUGGGUUAUCUGUUGCUGCUGUUGGCAAUCCAAACCGUGCUUGACCACAGCUGUCAUAGACUUCCUGUUAAAUUGACAGUGGUUAUUCUUAGGACUAUGUGGGGUUUGAAAUGGUUCCCCUAACCCCAUAUUGUAGAGAAUCCCAUCAUCUUCUGAAUUGCCUUCUAAUCAAACCCACUGGAGGGAAAGGUGUGUCCAUGGUAUUUCUGCCUUAAGUUGCCAUCCUGCCUGGGGGUUAAGCUUCCUCUCUUUUCAUACCCACCUCCCAGCAUGGCUGCCCUAAAACACCACCUUGGUGCCAAAUUAAAACAUCUUGGCUGGGCCUUUGUGUGUGUCCAGUACUCCUGGGUCUUUGGGAAGGAAAAUGGGAUCUAUUUGAACAAGAAUGCAACAGAGGGGAGCUAAGACUCCUGGAUUCCUUGAAAUGGUCAAGGAUUUUAUUCCCAGGAAUUUUGCCCCCAGUUGCAGGGCUGAGCCAUGGAAUAUGUGAAACAAUAAUA